GAUGGGUGGAGUAAUGCAAUCAGGAGUAACUUCAGCUCGGCCAGAGCUCCCUCCCUCAGUCUGCCACAGACUCCGCACAGGCCACACACUCCUCACACAGGAAGGACCUGACCUUGGGACAAAAUGACCGAGCGCUACGACUGCCAUUACUGCAAGGAGUCCCUGUUUGGGAAGAAGUAUGUCCUGAGAGAGGAGAACCCCUACUGUGUGAAAUGUUACGAGAGCCUUUACUCCAACACCUGCGAGGACUGCAAGAAGCCCAUCGGCUGCAACACCAGGGAUCUGUCCUACAAGGACCGCCACUGGCACGAGGACUGUUUUAAGUGCUUCCAGUGCAAGCGCUCGCUGGUGGACAAGCCCUUCUCCACCAAGGACGAGCAGCUCCUCUGCACCGAGUGCUACUCCAACGAGUAUUCCUCCAAGUGCCAUGAUUGCAAGAAAACCAUCAUGCCAGGCUCCAGGAAAAUGGAGCACAAGGGCAACAGCUGGCAUGAGACUUGCUUCACCUGCCAGAGAUGCCAGCAGCCCAUUGGCACCAAGAGCUUCAUCCCGAAGGACACCCACAACUACUGCGUGCCCUGCUACGAGAAGCAGUUUGCCAUGCAGUGUGUGCACUGCAAGAAGCCGAUCACCACCGGUGGAGUGACUUACCGCGACCAGCCUUGGCACAAGGACUGCUUCCUGUGCACUAGCUGCAAGCAGCAGCUGGCCGGCCAGAGGUUCACCUCGAGAGACGACUUCGCUUACUGUCUCAACUGCUUCUGCAACCUGUACGCCAAGAAGUGUGCCUCCUGCACCACACCCAUCAGCGGUCUGGGAGGCAGCAAGUACAUUUCCUUUGAGGAGCGCCAGUGGCACAACGACUGCUUCAACUGUAAGAAGUGCUCCGUGUCUCUGGUCGGACGCGGCUUCCUCACCGAGCGCGAUGACAUCCUGUGCCCGGAGUGCGGCAAGGACAUCUGAUUCAAACCCGGAGAGAGAAGACGAAUACGAACACCCCGAUCGGACACGGGACGAACAUGCAAUAAAUACUAUCCAAGCACA